GCGAGGCCGCUGGCCCUGCCUCUCUCCGGUGGCCCGGAGCCAAUCAGGGAGGCGAGCCUGCUGUGGCGGAAGUUGGUUCUCGGCGGGUGUGCGGUGCCAUGGCUGCCGGUUCCACGGUGGUGCUAGCGCGGGCGCUUGAGGCGCUGGAUGUUGGUGGUGCAGCAGAUAAGAUUAAUUUAAUACCUCAAGACUUUUUUGCAGAACUGUGCGAACAAAUAAUUCAGCAUCUGAACCAUGGGAUCCCAGGUGUAAACACAGUUGAACUGUGUCAGAGAAUCCAAACAUCUGGGAUUGAACUUAAUGUUGGUGACCUGUCAAAAAUAGCUAACAUAAUUUCCUUUCUAUUUAGCACAGCAGCCAGAAACCACCUCUCUACAGAAGAUCUCAUCACCACCUUGAGCAAUGCAGUCAGCGUGCUGCCAAAACAUGCAGUUCAAGUUAUCCGUCACGUAUGGAAUGAGCAGGGCAAAUCCAUUAGUGAGUCAGAAGCUGCAAGAAAUAUGGCCACAGUGGGGCAGUUUGUAGAUAUUAAAUGGAAGCUGGGAGUCGCAAUGAGCUCUGACACCUGUAGGUCUCUGAAGUAUCCUUACGUUAUGGUGACACUAACAGUGGCAGAUCCUUCAGGACAAAUAACAGAUAAAUCUUUUGAGAUGACGAUCGCACAGUUCAAGAACUUCUUCAGACAGUUUAAGGAAAUGGCAGCCGUUCUUGAAACAGUGUGAAAAGAACUUUUAUUUACACUGAAAUUUUGGACAGAUUUAGAUCAAGUAAAUUUUCUGUUCUGCACAGGGAAUGAAGUACUAUUGUCCAGCAAGGUAUGUAUCCUUGGUCUUUUCAAUGGGCAUUUGUCAGCAUCAGCCUUGCAUUGCCAUGAAGAAGCCAGCUCUGCAUUGUUGUUUAAUCCUGGUAGACAAAAGAUCAGGUUAUGUAUGAAGAAGCAUUGCUGUAGACUUUCUAAUAUCCAAGAGUAAGAAACUACACAUUCAACUCUGGAGUAUGGAAAGAGACCUGAAAAUGUUGACUGGAAAGAUACUGAGAGAAGUAUGAAUCCCAUGUUGACACUUCUGACUGAAAAAUUGAGAUGCAGGUAGAGCUGAUAAUAGUAUUAUAAAGAGUAGAUGAAAUUACACAUAACAGGUAAACAGUUAUUCUUGAAGAAUAUCAAUGUCAAGUCGUUAGUUGCAUGUGUCUGCAGACCUGGCUUCCAGUCUUUUAAUCACCAGAGAAUAUACUUGUCCUGAUUUUCCCUCCACUUGGGAUUAUAAAAACUGAGAUAAUGCAUUAAACUCUUCUGGAGGCCCAACAUUUAUUCUGUGAAAUAGGCCCCAGAGUCUAAUUUUCAAUAAAAAGAUUAAUUUAAUUCAAAAACA